AUGGCGGCCAAGACGGCGGGUGGUGGGCACUGGGAGGUGGUGAAGAAGGGGCGGCGGCCUGGGGCCGGCGGCAGUGGUAAAGGCGGCGGAGGGGACCGCCGGGCGCUCGGGGAGGCGAAUGGAGUGUGGAAGUACGACCUGACCCCUCCAAUCCAGACGACAAGCACCCUGUAUGAGCGGGGCUUUGAGAAAAUCAUGAAGCGGCAGAAUAAGGAGCAGGUUCCACCUCCUGCUGUGGAACCUAAGAAACCGGGGAACAAGAAGCAGGCUAAGAAGGUGGCGACCCUCACCAACCAGAACCAGAAGCAGGGCCGCUUUCGCAGCCUGGAGGAGGCACUGAAAGCUCUGGACCUGGCAGCUCUGCAGAAGGAACUGGACAAGAGCCAGAGCGUGUUCUCUGGGAACCCAUCCGUGUGGUUGAAGGACCUGGCCAGCUAUCUCAACUACAAGCUCCAAGUACCUCCAAGUGAACCCACACUUAGUCAGCAUCCUCACGAUUAUCCCUACAGCCUGGUGAGCCGGGAGCUGCGUGGCAUCAUCCGAGGGCUACUGGCGAAGGCUGCAGGAUCCCUGGAGCUCUUUUUCGACCACUGUCUAUUCACCAUGCUACAAGAACUGGAUAAGACUCCAGGGGAGUCACUGCAUGGUUACCGCAUCUGUAUCCAGGCCAUUCUGCAAGACAAGCCCAAGAUUGUCACCACGAACCUAGGCAAGUUCCUGGAACUGCUGAGGUCCCACCAGAGCCGACCAGCCAAGUGUCUGACCAUCAUGUGGGCCCUGGGUCAAGCAGGUUUUACCAACCUCACUGAGGGACUGAGAGUGUGGCUGGGGAUUAUGCUACCUGUGCUGGGCAUCAAGUCUCUGUCUCCCUUCGCCAUUGCAUACCUGGACCGGCUGCUUCUGAUGCACCCCAACCUCACCAAGGGCUUUGGCAUGAUUGGCCCCAAGGACCUCUUCCCACUUCUGGACUUCGCCUAUAUGCCCAACAACUCCUUGACUUCCAGCCUGCAGGAGCAGCUGUGCCAGCUGUACCCACGACUGAAGGUGCUGGCAUUUGGGGCAAAGCCGGAAUCCACGCUACAUACCUACUUCCCCUCCUUCCUGUCCAGAGCCACCCCUAGCUGCCCUCCGGAGAUGAAGAGAGAGCUCCUGAGAAGCCUGACUGAGUGCCUGAUGGUGGACCCGCUCAGCACCAGCGUCUGGCGGCAGCUCUAUCCCAAGCACCUGUCACAGUCCAGGCAGGUUGGGGGCCUGCUGCUGGAGCACCUGCUCAGGUCCUGGGAGCGGAUUCCCAAGAAGACACAGAAGUCAUUGCAAGAAACCAUUCAGUCCUUCAAGCUUACCAACCAGGAUCUGCUGAGGAAGGGCAGCGGUAGCAGUCAGGAUGUCGUCACCUGUGACUUGGCCUGCAAGAGUCUAUUGCAGCAGGCUCGGGGCUUCCGGCUGCCCUGGGCACGGCUACUCCUGUUGGUGCUGGUCUUUGCUGUAGGUUUCCUGUGCCAUGACUUCCGGUCACACAGCUCUUUCCAGGCCUCCCUUUCUGGCCGGCUGCUUCAGUCAUCUGGUGUCUUGCCUGCUGGCCAACAGGCAUGCACCAAAAUCUACUCCUACAGCCUGCAGGGCUACAGCUGGCUGGAGGAGACAUUGCCAGCCUGGGGCUCCCACCUGCUGACCGUGGUGAGGCCUGGCUUGCAGCUGGCCUGGGCCCACACGAAUGCCACCAUCGGCUUCCUUUCUGGCCACUGUGCCUCACACCUUGCCUGGUUUGGUGACAGCCUCGUCAGCCUCUUCCAGAGGCUACAGACCCAGCUCCCUGACGCCCUGAACCAGCUGCUCCAUUCUCUGAGGGAGCUGCUCCUGUUUCUUUACCACAGCAUCCUGCUGCCCACGUGGCACAUGCUGCUUGAGGCCCUGGCCCAGAUCCAAGAGCACUGCCACGAGGCAUGCAGAGGCGAGGUGACUUGGGACUGCGUGAAGACACAGCUCAGUGAGGCUGCCCACUGGACCUGGCUCAGCCUACAGGACACCACAGUGGCUUUCUUGGACUGGGCACUUGCCAUGAUAUCCCAGCAGUAG